UUCAAGCGUUAAUGACGACACUCGGCUCCAACUAACCAGUCUUCCUCAACUGUCUGAUUGCAGGAUGGCAGGAAUCAGCAAGACUGAAAAGGUCCAGUUACAUGUUCCGAGUCUCGAAGAAUUGUGUCAGGUACUGGAAAAAGGACUGAAAAACAAUUUUGAAGUGGCAAAGGUCUGUGUGACUGACUGCCCAGACCUCACGCAAGAACCAUUCAAGUUUCCUGCCAAAGGCCUUUGUGGUAAACCUCGGAUUACUGAUGUUGGCGGCGUGCCAAAUUUGGUCCCCUUGGUCCAACUGGACAAGGUGUACAACAUGAAUGCUGUGUCCAAGGAAUUGGAGUUACCAGGGGCAUUCAUACUUGGUGCAGGUGCUGUUUCGUCAAAAACAGUUGGAAUGAACGCAGAGAUGAUGCCUUUAGUGAUGACCGAGUGUGAGGGGAAACCCGCCAUCAAUUCCAGCUACUUUUCCUCCAUCAAUCCAGUGGAUGGGACAUGUCUGCAGGAGAAAUACAGUGACCGGUUCCACGACUGUGACUUUGGCCUCCUGGCAAACCUCUAUGCGUGUGAGGGUAAACCUGGGAAGGUCAUUGAGGUCAAGGCCAGCAGGAGGACGGGAGAAGAGAGUCUUGUGAGCUGUAUGAGGAAGACUAUGGAGGAGCACUACAGUGAUAAAAGCCUGGCUCUUGGAGGGACUUUUAUUAUACAGAAAGGGAAGGCCAAGAUUCACAUUAUGCCACGAGAGUUCUCUUCAUGUCCCCUGAAUACCAACGAUGAUGUGAACAACUGGCUGAAGCAUUUUGAAGUCAGUGCUCCACUUAUUUGCCAGUCUGUCAUGGUGUCCAAAGAUCCAGGCUUGGAUCUGAGAGUGGAGCACACCCAUGUGUUCAGUCAUCAUGGUGAGGGAGGCCACUACUACAUAGACACCACCCCAAGCACAGUGGAAUACCUUGGAUAUUUUCUGCCUGCAGAUUUUGUUUAUCGCAUUGACAGGCCACUGAAGACUCACAAUGUUGGCAGAGACUGAAAAGAAAAUGGAAAACAAAAUUUUUCAUGACCAAACAGUAACUUUCCUUUUAUUAAUUAAUCAAUACACCAAGACUAAGCUCAUAAAACCUGAUGCACACAUAUCCUGUUCAGUAAAAGAUGGAUGGUAAA